GUCUUGGUUCCCCACCAAAACACAGAGCACUUCCUGUGCCUUUUCCGUUAUUUCACAAGCUGCAUCUUUUCACUGUCUGGGCACCAGGACAAACAGUAGUUUCUUCCCUCAGAGGCAGGACGACUGCCUCCAGUCUCUUCUGGCCAACACCAUGGUCAGGACCCAGAGUGACCAUCUACUCUACUCCCUGGAAGAGCUUUUGCCCUAUGACUUCGAGAAGUUCAAGUUCAAGCUGCAGAACACCAGCCUGGAGAAGGAGCACCUCCGGAUCCCCCGGGGCCAACUGCAGACAGCCGAGCCGGUGAAGCUGGCCUCUCUGAUGGUCAACCACUAUGGGGAGGAGUACGCCGUGCAGCUGACCCUGCAGGUCCUGAGGGCCAUCAACCAGCACCUCCUGGCAGAGGAGCUUCACCGGGUGAUCAGCCCAGAGUGUCGGAUACAAGAAAGUGACGCAGACAGCUCAGCAAUGUCGGGUUCCUCUGGGGAGAUGAAGCCCAAGAGCCUAAAGACCCCAGAUGGUCUGGAAGGUGACAAGCAGCGACAAAGUGCUGAUGGGGCUGGCUGCCCACCCUCCAGCCAGCCUGAGGCUGGCAGGGGGCCCCAGAAGAAGCCUCUGGGCAAACAGCGAGAUCAGAAAGGCUCUGAGGGCCUGGAGGUGCAGAGCAAGCUGGGGUCCAGGAACACAACUCUGUCUUCCAAAAGAAGCCCUCUCCUCACCAAGGUGCUGCGAGAGAAGGAGAAAGGGAGUUAUCCAAGCGUCAGGCUGCGGAGGAACGCCAGCUCUGCAGGAAGGCUCCAGGGACUCACCAGCGGGUCAUUCGCUGGGUCCCCAGGAAGGAGAGAAACAAAGAUAUCAGAAGUAUAUUUACCUUCAGGAAAGAAGCGACCCAAAAGUCUUGAACUUAACAUUUCUCCAGAAGAGACAGGACCCCUCAAUCCAGAAAUUCUUCUGCUUCAGGAGAAAAUGAACACUGAGAAUCCAAGCUCAGCAACCACUGCCAGCGAAGUGGCCACUCUGAAAACAGGGCUGACCGUGACUAUGGAGAAAGGCUCCAGGAAUCCAGAGCAUGCCACGACCCUGGAGGGGACAGCACUCAGGAAUACACCUUUCAGUGUACCACUGGCUGGAAAGAUGAUGAUUGGGGAGCAUCUAGAACCCACAGCUCCUUCAGAGAGAAGUGGAACUGGGGCUCCGAAGGCCUCCGGUGUGCCCCAUGAGCCUUCAGAUCCAGAAGUCUCUCCAUCUUCAGGGAGGCUGCAGGACAAGGCUGUGUGUCCUCUCUGCCGUGCCCAGCAAGGAGACCCGGUUGGUGGCAGCUGUGUGCACAUCUCCUGCAGCUGCUCUGCGGCUUCCAGGGACCCUGAGGCCUCACUCAGUCGCUCAUCCAGCUGCCCCCGGUGCCAGGACUUGCUCCCGGGGAAGAGCCAUGGAAGCCGUGAGUGGCAGGAGGGCCUGCAGAUGGCCAGCCUGAACCCCAAGAGUCUGCCACAGUGUAAGCGUCACAUGAAGCAAGCGCAGCUGCUCUUCUGCGAGGACCAUGGGGAGCUCAUCUGCCUUAUCUGCCGGCUGAGCCAGGAGCACCGGGGUCACCGGGUGCGCCCCAUUGAGGAGGCUGCCCUGGAAUACAAGGAGCAAAUUCAGAAGCAGUUGGACCAUCUGAAGGAGUUGAGAAAAUCUGGAGAGGAGCAGAGAUCUCAGGGGGAUAAGAAAACAGUGAACUCCCUGAAACAAGCUGAAACCCAAAAGCAGAGAAUCCAGUACCAGUUGGAGCAGCUGUGCCAGUUUUUAGAGCAGCAGGAGCAGCUCUUUGUGGCCUGGCUAGAGGAGUUGGGCCAGACCAUCAGCCAGGUUAGGGAGACAUAUGGCACCCAAAGGACGAGGGACAUCACCCUUCUCAACAAACUGAUUGGGGAGCUGGAGGCCAAGCAGUGCCAGCCAGAGUGGGAGUUUAUGAAGGACAUUGGAGUCACCUUGCACAGGGCCAAGAUGGUGACUGUCCCUGAGCUGUGGGCCACACCACCAGAGGUGAAAGAGAAGAUCCACCUGCUCUAUCAGAAAUCAGAGUUUGUGGAGAAGCGCGUGAAGCACUUCUUGGAGACCCUGCGCUCAGAAGUGGAAACGUUCAAUGUUGCAGAACUGAUUGGUGGUCAGGCACCCUGAGUUAAUGUGAUUCUGGAAGCAGAAACUGUCCACUCCAACCUCAUCUUUCAUCUUCUCUGAUGAUGUGAAGAGUGAGAGCCUUGGGGAAAAAAAGUGCGACCAUCUACCUGCUAGUCCAGGAAAAUUCUAUAGCUGAUUCGUGGUGCUGGGCUCUCUGAGCCUGCUCUCUAGCCACCAUGACUGAGAAGUGAAGGUGGGCGACAAGCCAGGGUGGGUCCUGGGUGUCUGCAACGCAGCCAUGAGCAGCAAGGAGAACAUGACUCUGUCACCAGAGAAUGGGCAUUUGGUAGAAACAAUGAGGCAGUAAACAAUGCCAGGCGUGCACCUUUCUCCAGAUCCAGAUGGGGGAGCCCUGCUGGCAUGGGGGCAUCUCCGUGGACUACAAGAUGGGGACAUCUCCUUUUACAAUGUGACAGCCAAAUCCCACAUCCCUCACAGCCACUGGCUACUUUCCCCCUGGGCCCCUUCAACCUAUCCUCAGCCCCAGGACACAUGAUGGAGAGAAGAACAUGGAUCCUCUGACCAUCUGUCCAGUGGGGGUGGCCACGGCCUCCCUGAAUACCAGACACUUUGCAUCUCCCUUCAGGCUCCUGGCUUUGAAUCUUGAAUCCAUACACUCGACAGUCAUUACUGGGUUCCAGUGCUGUGGGGAAUAUAAUCAAUAAAAAAACAGUCCCCGUGCCCAAGGAAUUUAUGGAACAGAAGCAGAAGUAGGCUGGGUCACAAAUACUGGUAAGGGUAAAGAGAACACACAUACAGAUGAUACAAGGAUUUCAGAGUACACAGCUGCUGCUUAAUAAAUCCUUUUUAAGAAUUAGCACCUAAGAUGCUCCUAAGACAGAGCCUAUCCUCAUUUUCCCUCAGGACCCUUGGCAAGGAUGUGUUCCUUCAUUCUACCUUCCCCUGUCUUGAGGACUUAGGAAGCCUGAAGAAAAACAAGCAGACUAGAUCACUACAAAUCACUUUUGUACCUGGAUUAAUGAACUGUGGCUGGACCUCAUAAAUAAAUCACUUAGAAAUGUA